AUGGUUACGACCAAAGUACGUGUAAUGAAUCGGGACAAUAAAAGAGGCGUGAGAACGCAGAGAACGAGGGGGGGAAUUCUGAAGUUCACCAGGGAAAGGAGAAAAGAGGAGUCAAUAGAGCCAUCAAGUAGCUUGGAGAAGAAUCGAGUAUUAGCAGACACUCUUCUGUCCGCUAAUGAAUCUAGAGAAAGAAAGGUAAGGACGCUAAUCGUCCUAUGCACGUUUGGUUUUACAAACGUGGGCCGCAAAAGGCAGAAAACGAUGCUGCACUCUCAAUAUCACAAGAUCCAGAGGCAGUAUACGGGUCCCAAAGCACUGAAGAGAACCCUAACAUAGAACGAAUUAAAGAGCAGUAAAUAAUUUUUAUAGGAGCGACAAGCAGUGAGAGUAUUAAGUAUAAGGAGCUGAAUGACAUUCCAAAACUUAAUAAUAGUCCCCUAAAAAUGUUUAAACACUCUAAAUGUUUUUAUCACACUCAAAAACAGUUUAGCUUUUGACAUCAGGUUCUCCCGUGUAGAGAUUUAAUAACAAUUGAACAUAAUAGCAUUCAUAUUCUGAUAUUCUAUUUUAUUAAUUUGAAAAAUAAAUUCAAGUUUUCUGUUUUUAUACACACUUGACCUCAACUUCACCGUGACAAGACAGCAAUGCUAACCCAUUCAAUUUAGUCUAUACUCACAAACCAUCACAUGUAAAAACAAUUUAAAUUGAUAUUUUUUUUUUGAAAAUACUAUUGAUUUUAUUGUUAUUAUUGUGUAAUGAUACUCGCGAAAUGACAAAAUGACUUAAUGUCGGUAUAUAAUGUUAUAUAAUUUAACUGUUAAAAAUACACGAGUAAAUUGCUAUAUAACAUAACAGUUUACAGGAUGUGUGAUCGGUUAUGUGCGUGUUUAUACAUAAAAAAAUAGGCAAAGAUCAAAAAUCUAUCUUUCAUAUCCACCCCUCCCUUCAAAAAUACGCCACUGUAACAGGUAUACAUUAAAUUGUCUAUAAUAGCGACUGCACCCGUGCCUGUUAUACUGGGACAUAUUUUUAGUCUUUCGAGUGCAAUUGUGUGUAAUUAGUCGGUUUCAACAGAAUAAUUUGUAAACCAAUAACAUUUAUAUUAUGUAAUAAUUUCGCUAUACUCAUUUGAAAUAUUAUAUUAAUUAUCGUUAAAGUGACUUUUACUUCGGCCAGUUGGCCGACGCGUCGUACAAAUUUAUCAUCAAAGAAUUCACGCUGGUGUCGGAAACCACCGAUGAGCUGAUGAAACUCAGCAAAGACGAGUUCGAGAGUAUCAUCGAAGACAACCAGUUGAACGUGAAACACGAAGAAUGCGUUUGGGAUGUUUUGGUGAAAUGGGUCGACGUGGACCCGGAAAUCCGGAAGAACGAUUUAGUGUCUUUGUUGCCCAAAGUUCGUUUCGGGCUCAUGGAUUCCAAAUAUUUCAUCGACAAUGUAAUUAUCAUCCCGCGUACUGCAUUGCUGGUCACCGACAUUUUCGACUGGGAUUUUUGAUUUUUUUUUUUUUUCUUUAGAUCUCGAUUUUCUUUGAGUAAAAAUAAAUCAUUAAAUUAAAAUGAUGAAAAGCUAAAUAAACGAAAAUGGGUGCAGUUUUGGAAAGCCUUAAAUCCGUUUUAAAUAUUCAAACGAUUACCCACGCGUCCUGAUCAGUAAAUAUAGAUCGCGUGGUUUUCGAAAUCAAUGUUGAUGAUGCCAGCAUUAGUCUUGUUCAAAAUACUUUUCAAAUGUAUUCAGAAUACGGUUUUGAAUAAACACUUGUGUAAAUUGUAUUUGAAUACUUUAUUUUAUAAGCACUUAACUAUGAAAGCAUAUACAUUUUUGUUAAAAAUAUUCCAAAUACUUUUUUCCCCUAAAUACAUUUUAUGUGCCUUGAAAAGUAUUUACAUUCAACGAUUUAAAAACAAACGCUUAAACUUGUUUACGAAUGUUUAGUUAAAAAAGUUGAAGAAUUUAUUCAGACAAGGUUUCGAAUUGAAAUUGUUAAUUUCGGUUUCUAGUCUCGGGGUUUUUGAAAAAAAUUUGGGUGUUUCAGGUGUUAAAAAAUCUGUGUGAAGGUUGAAAUGUGAAGCUUAUUAUGUUAAUUUUAGCAGUUUAGGGGUAGGUAGAUAGUAAACACUAUACUUAGUUAUUGAACUAUAAUAAUAUUCUUAGGCAGGGACAUUAUUUGAGGGGAUUUGAGUAUACUUUGGCAGACCUAUAUUUUGAAAUGUAUUUUUUGUGGUCCGCAUAAAAUGUUAGUUGUUAUUAUGGCUAAAGAAACAGGAGUGUUAGCAAGAUAAUAUAGUGCGCAUCGAAACUGACGUGAAUUGGAGUAAAUCGUGGUACAAUGACCGAAGUGUUUGAUGAAAAAAUAAACUAUGGCCAUAGUUUAGUAAUGUUACUGUAAUUUUAACAAACCUAGUAUUUCCAUAUUAAAAUGUAAAACAGGAAUACACGAAUAAGAGCGAGCGAAGCGGACUGAAAAUGUUCUGAAAAAUCGGUUUGAUUCAAAUGUUUACAUCCCUAUUGAAGAACUUAAACGGCGUCCGUGUUCUUAAGUAUAAUAAGAAAUUAUAACACCGAUAGAAUAAACAAAAUAAUUUUAUGUUAUUGAAUAAAAAGUCUUUAUGAAGUGUUCCCAAACAUAACAUCUGUUAAGUACAGAUGUUACAGAUACUUAGUAUCAGUAAAAUAUUUAAAUUGAAGUUUUCGAAUAAUUAAUAAGCCCGGUCCACAGAGACGUAUUUACAUUUUCGGCACACUCGAUCACUGUUAUUUUCAUAAGAAAAAAUGCGUUAUUUAAAAAUUAAUUGUUUUUUUUUUUUUUUUUUUUGUAUUUUACAAUAUCUAGAAAAGGCUAGUAUAAGUAUUUCGUGAAAAUGUUCGCUCUCUUCGAUGAUUAUUUUUAACCGGUUUACAAUAAAGAAUUAAAUCGAAAAUAACGUUUUAUUUACCACAGUUUUUUCUAGUUUUUCCCAAUUAUUAAGAAUACUACACGAAAAAUCAGAAAAAGACUUUAAAAAAAAAAAAAAAAACUAGAUCCAAAAUGCAAUGAAAAAACUCUUUUUUAUCUUUUGAUAGGAGUAAGACAGUUUACAGGCAGUGAAAAUAAUUAUAAAUUAAAAAAAAAAAAAUAAAAAAUACACAUUACAGUAAAACCAAUACGUUUCUCGGUACGCCCAGAAUCUAAAACAACGUUAUUUUACUGCGUCUUAAAUCUUAAAUAAAGGAUCGCGACGUCCGACGCCGAUGUCCUCCGCGGCCACUCUUUCAAUACGUCCCUAGACACCGGAAUGGACUUGUUAAUUAGCCGUGUGACCAGACGAUAUUGUAGCCAUAAAUUAUAACCGUGCCAUUUACGGGUUCGCCGUGAUAAUAUUUUAUUGUCCUCUCGGUCACAGGUCAAGGACCACCGUUACAUACAAAACCGAGCCGACUGCCGGCCGUACAUAAUCGAGACGCUGAAAUUCUUGUACGACCUGCAGCUGACGUCGACCGACACGAAAAUGAUGGCGCCGAUGCUGGCCCGGCCCAGAUAUCCGGUCGAGGUGCUUUUCGUGAUCGGCGGCUGGAGCGGCGGGAGUCCGACGUCCGCCAUCGAGGCGUACGACACGAAAUCAGACCGUUGGACUCGCGUGACGGACGAAGACCCGUUCGGGCCCAGAGCCUACCACGGCACGAUCGUCAUGAACCACUACAUCUACGUGUUCGGGGGAUUCGACGGUCUCGAGUAUUUCAGCUCGUGCCGGAAGUUCAACACGGAGACGGGGACAUGGGAAGAAGUGGCACCGAUGAACAGUAAAAGGUAGGCGCCUGCGCGUAUUAUUAUUAUCGUCGUCGUCGUCGGAUUUCCCCCGAAAACGGAUAUUAUCACACGAUAUGUUGUGUCCCGGUAGAUCUGUCUACCGUCUUGAUGCGUUUCGUCUAGAGUUCGAAUUCGGGAAUUCGAGUCUUUUUUUUUUUUUUUUUUUUUUUUUUAGAUUCGUACACACUUGCGGACCCCAUCCCCCGAGAAAACGUUACGUUUUGUAUUUGCACGGUAUCACUAUCGAGAAUGCGCUCUCGGUUGUUUCGGCUUUCGACGUUCUCUACGAUCAUUUUUGUGCUUAGAUUUUGUUUAGGAAACAGUGCGUUUUAAAUGCUCUCGCACAUUCAUAAAAUCAAAGGAUUCGGUGGAAAUGUGUAGACAUAAACAUAAUCGUUGCCGAUGACGCGCCCCUCUAAAAGGUUUUCAAACUUCUGACCUUCGACAUCGUCGCUUGUGUCUGUACGCGAGCGAAAAUAUCGAUUUCUAUGAGGUUACGGAAUGAUUUGUUCGCUCGGGAGAGCGAAAAGGCGCAGUUAAUCUUGAAAUAGGGCAAGAACAUCGUUGGACGUGGUUAUUCCGUGAAGGUCAAUACGAGUGAUAAAUAAAUACAAAUUUACAUACACCGAUUAACGGACAUUGCAAUGGCGCAAGUCGGCCGGAGUAAAUUUGACCCCGGCGACGGCGUUCUGUUGUUACUCUUGCGAUUUUUGUUUAGUGUUUAAACUAACGGACGUCUAAAUACUUUUUUUUUUUUUUUUUUAAUUAUCAAGAAAUAUCUGUUUUUAGAUGUUACGUAAGCGUAGUGCUGCUGGACGGAUUCAUUUACGCGAUGGGCGGCUUUGACGGUCACCACCGACUGAACUCCGCCGAAAAAUACGAUUUCAAACGGAACCAAUGGACCAUGAUCAAACCGAUGAACGCUCAGAGGAGCGACGCCUGCGCCGCCGUACUCAAUGGUAGGUGUAUAUGAGCCGGGAAAGGGCAAAAGUCGCCUCGAAAUGAGCGUUUGGUUAUUUUAGAUACUCGACACUAGUUAAUUCGCGCCGUCAGUGCGAGAGGGCUGUGUAUUGAAAAUUGUAAAUUUUUCAAAAAAAAAAAAAGCAUAUGUUUCUAACUGUAAAGCGUUAUCGCACUAACAGUGCGAAUUCGUUGAUAAUUCAAAAAGAUCUUUAAUGGAAAAAGGCCGCGUUUUAUUUUACAGUAUUUACAGUUUCUAUGCAUUUCAGUAUAAUAAGUUUAUUACGUAAUACGGCGCAAAUGGUAAUUAUUUAUUUAAACUAUUUUUCAAAUUUAUUUCCUCCGUUUUAGUGCAAUCGUUUUCAAUUUUGAAUUUGAAAUUCACCAACUAUAUUCAAAAUGCAAAAUGCGAAAAAAAUUAUCAUUUUUUUUCGAUUAAAGCGAUAUUUGUAGUGGUAGAGUUUUUCACGGAGAGAAAAAAUUUAAAUCGCCAGUCGAAACCGGUGCAUCCCUCGCUAUGUUCAGAAUCUAAAACGCACCGUAGUAAAACCGAGCAUACGCUUAGAAUCUGCGAAAAGAAAAAAAAAAAAAAAACAACAACGCGGUAAAAGUCAUCAGAUAGACCGCGAACGGAACCCGGAAAAUAUAAAACGUACACAGUGUACUCCCGAUUAUCCGCUGUCUUCCACGGAAUCGUCUACAUACCUGUAUGUAUACAAAAAAAUACACGCGUAUUGUGUCUUUCCGUUAUAAAUCGUUACGGGUGAAUUUGUCAUAGUCGAUAACUCGACAACGACGUAAAACACGUUUUAUUAAAUACACAUCACGUUAUGUUCCUUUAAUAAUACCAGACCCUCGAAUGUUGUACGUUGUACAUUUAGCGCAAUUUCGUUUUUAUUAUAAAAUUUACUUUUGCGGAUUAUCCGCGGAUGUCCUGCCAUCCUGUUCCGCGGACAAUCGGCAGUACGCUGAUAUUUAUUCCCCGGCCCAAUUCAACACCGCGAACGCCCGUUUACUGGGGACCAGGACCCGGGCGAGUUUCGCGAGUGCGCGGUCGGUCCGCCGUAUCGUAAACCCGUAAAUAGCGCACAAGGCAACGGGUAUUGUUGCGCGGUGAAAAUGGGAGGUACCCGCGUAAUAAACGCCCGGGAUACCUGCCCGACGCGCCGUCUCGAGUGCCGCGACACCGGGCGCUUGACCGUUUCCGAAACCCGCGUCCCCGCCCCGCCGGACACGGUCGUUUUCGUAACGCCCGUUUCGCGUAGAAAUCCGAUAGCGUUUUCGCGCGGGCCGCGGCCGCGAACUCGACGUUCGACCUCGCGCGGCGUUUUCGCCGAGAGUGUGUGUGUGUGUGCGUGUGUGUGCGUGUGCGUGUGUGGGGGGGGUGGGGGGUGGACGGGAGGGGACACCGGUGGCGAAUCGCCGUCGCGCGGGCCGGACGCCCGCGGCCCGCCCGGCGAAACAACGCGUCAAUACCGUGCGACCGGUCCGUUGCAGGGAAAAUCUACAUAACCGGAGGGUUCAACGGCCAGGAGUGCAUGAACACGGCCGAGUGUUACAGCGCGGACGCGGACGAGUGGUCCGGGAUGCCGUCGAUGACCAGCCGGCGCAGCGGCGUGUCGUGCGUCGCGUACCACGGCCGGCUGUACGUGCUGGGCGGUUACAACGGGCUGGCCCGGAUGAACGACGGCGAGAAGUUCGACCCGGCCACGAACCGGUGGUCGCCGGUGGCGGACAUGUGCAACCCGAGGAGCAAUUUCGGCGUCGAAGUGCUGGACGACAUGAUAUUCGUGACGGGCGGCUUCAACGGCAUCACCACCAUAGCCAGCGUGGAGUGCUACAACGACCGCGCGGACGAAUGGUAAUGCCAACGACAGCGUUCCCCCGGUCCGGCCGCCGUUUACGCGCGCGCGCGCGUUAGUUAUUAUCGUCGUACGCGCGCCGUACGAGUGUGCGAGUGCCGAGACGGCGUGCCGGACCGCCGCAAAAUACGCGCGCAGAGACGACGCAGAAAACGCGAUUUCGAAUGUUACUGCCGCGCCGUCGCGCAAACGCGGAUCGAUUAACGGGCCCCGUUAACCGACGUGAUCGGCCGUUUUCGGUACGUUACGGCUACCGGACUUCCGUAGGUCCGCGGAUCCGUCCGUCCCUCUCUCCCGUCAUUUCUCCUUCUCUACAAACGUCCGUCCGCCCGCACCCGCCAUACUCGCGUGCGUUUGAUCCCGGCGACGUCGCGUAUCGCGUCGCGUCCGCAGAGACACCUAAUAUAGCGGAAACGCCGAAAGAUCGACGGACAAUACGUGUACUCCGGAGACGAGAGAGAAAAAAAAAUUAGACGAGUGAUGGGCACACCGAAUGUCACCGAGACUACGACAACCGAUUAGAAUACAACACGAGGCGGUGGGGGAUUCGGGGGAGCGAUUCGCGCCCCUUUCGUCUUUCUCGCGCUCGUAGCUCUAAUGUUUUAUUUUCAUUUCAUUAGAAUUAACGCGAAUCGGCUUUUUACGAAAUAGUACAAUAUAGGAAUAUAAACACGCGUUAACGAUAAAUUACCAGUAGUAAACUAAAAUCUAAACUUAAUAACCAGAGUGAUGAUAAAAGUAAACGUAAAAUAAACCGUUGAGGAUGAGAGAACAAAAAAAACCAACGGUAAAAACCAUUGUUAACGAAAAAUGUGUUUCGGAACAAAAUUCUGUUUUAAAUACUUUUGGAGGGCCGUAAUAUUUACGAUUUUCGUCAAAAUUUGAUUAUAAAACUCUUAUAAAAAAAAAAAAAAUACAAAGACUACAAAACACUGUUCAGAUUUGCGCAAUCAGAAGUAAAACUACUGAGAACAUUAAUUAACAACUUUCUUAUUCACUAACUAGAUUAAAAAUGCCACAAAUUUUUGGUAGAAAACAUCGUUUGUAAAAAUUAAAACAAUUAUACUGAGACGCCAAGUUGCCGUUAAUAUUAAUCAAUUUCAAUUUUUUAAUUUUCUCAAUUAUUAUUAAAACUACAUUGGAUAUGAAAAAACGACUUUCGUUUCAUGGAAAAAAAAAAUCGAUUUUUUUGUCAUUUUUCAAUCGGAGUAAUAUUUCUGGUAAAAAAUAUGAGUUGAAAAAAUUAAAAACAAUGAAAACGCUAUUCCGUGAUAUUCCGUAAAUAUUUGCCGUUUUACCGACAAUUUUCUUUUCGGUUGUUCUCGAUUAUUUUAGAAAAUUAAAAAAAUUAUUUCCUUAAUGCACCAACUAAGGAAAGUUUUCUUUCAAAAAAGUUGCUACACUCGAUACUUCGGAAUAAGAUUUCUAGUAGAAAAAUCGUACACGGGCAGAAAAAAAAAACCGCACACACGCACCGUGGUAAAACCAAUAGAUCCCCCAUUACGUUCCGGAUCUAAAAAAAACAAUAAAACGCGUUCUUCCGUACCGAAAGUAUUAUAGUACGAGGUGUGACUAUUAAACAACGAGACUGUCCGCCUAGACGGCGCCCUAGACGGAUAGUGAAAAAAACGAGUAAUGCGUUGGGUAUCUAGAUAUCUUAUCUAUGCACGUACCAAAACACGUUUCCGUCGCUAUUAUAGUACUUGUGCAGUAGUGGUUUGAAACGAACGUGUUGUUUUUUUCUCGAAAAACACGAGCAACGGAUAAACGUAAAAUUUUCUCGUUAAGCUAAAAAAAAAAACUCCAACCGAGUGCUAUAAGUUGUUGAAAAAGGCCUAUAGUGAGGAUUUCCCAUCUCGGGCGCGUGUUUUCGAGUGGCGUAAAUUAUUUUCUGAAGGUCGAGAGUGCGCCGGAAUCAUCCAAUUCAGUCGUAAUCCAAAUUCAAAACCGUUUUAUUCGAUAUCAACGGCAUCGUGAUGACGACCGAAUGGGUUCCAGAGGGUGAAACUGUGAACCGACAUUAUUACUGUUUGACAGUUUCGGCAACAUUGCGCGCCCGAGUUCGUAAGAAACGGCCGAUAUAGUGGAAAAACGGGUCGCGGAACUCGUACCAGGAUAAAGCGUGAAGCGUUAUUCGGCCGCUCAAGGCACUCCAGUACUCGAACACGCGUCUUGCUCACCCGACUUGGCACCCUGCGACUUUUACUUGUUUCCGAGGAUAAAGUCUGCCUUGGAAGGAACCCGGUUUGAGUCGACGUGUGAAGAGGCGAAACGAAAAUCGGCGGAACUCCUGAACGGUCAUACGAAAACAGACUUCCGGCGCUGCCUCGAGCGACGGAAGGGACGAAUGAAACGGCGUGCGGCGAGGGGAGGGGAGCACGUUGAAGGGGAGCAUUCGAAUGUAGAAUAGUUUUUAAAAAUAAAACCAUUUUUUCAUGACCGUUAGUCGUUUGUCAAUAGCCACGCCUCGUAUGUUUGAAUUACGCAUCGUUUUUGAAAGUUGGGGCAUUCCUAGAAACGUCAGAUUCGUCGUGAGAAAGAUAAAAAAAAAAAAAAACACCCACGUAGUAGUUUGUAUUGUACUGGAAACACGAAAACCUAGUGAUUUCGGGAGCUUCGUCGUAUCGACCAUUAAUUAAACUCCGAGUGGAACCGGUACCGUACGUACCGCGUCUGUCCGAAUUUCGGCAGCGUGAACAAUAGGCCCGCAAUCGCGUUUUCGGUCGGCGGCGUUUAGCCGAAAACCAGAGGAGCUCGUAGUUUUAGCCGACGCACCGUUAGUCCGUUGGCCGCCGGGUCCGUCAUUGGGCCCGUCGCGAACGCACGACGUCGUCGGGACACUGCUUAUGCGUUUGUAUAACUCGCGCGUCGCCGUUCAUGUAUCCGACCGGAUUGCGCCGCACGUCCGCCUCAGCGCUCAGGAGUCGUAGUAAGUGUAGGUGUGUGUACCUGUGUGUUUCGCAAAGGUUCGAGGCGAAGAACAUGCAGAUAUUCAGGUCGGCGCUGUCGUCGUGCGUGGUCCGAAACUUGCCGAACGUGGAGUACUACAUGCCCGAGGACAGGGACAAGCUGUCCCAGGACAGCCCCAGAAACUUGGAACGGAACAGCCGGUACAGCAACAACACCAGCAACGACGACGACGACGAGGACGACGCGCGCCGCACCGCCCCGGAGAACAGGUCCAUUAUCACCGACAACACGCACGCAAUAGACUCGCGCAACGUCGUCGUCAUCGAUGACGACGACGACGACGACGACGACGACGACGACGACGAUGACGACGACUACGACGACGACGACGACGACGACGAUUUAGAGUUGGUCGACCCGUAGGACGUGCCCGGGGACGGCAACGCGUAACGAUAAAAUUCAACAACGCGUAUCGCAUACGUAUUUGUGUCUAA